AUGCCUAAAAGAAAUCUUGUGUUGGCAGAAGACUGUGCGGGACUGGGGCCGCUGAAAGAAAGUUGCAAGCUUGCAGGCCUACAAAGUCAUGUAUACUACGUCUCGGAGAGCGACCCAAAGCUCCUAGAGCGGUUGAAAAAGAUCUACAAGCCGGAGUUGGUUUCGAAAGAUGCUAUGAAAAAAAAAGGAAUCCGUCAGCUGAUUGACAUCUUUGGUGCUGGCUGCCCGUGCCAGCCUUUUUCCCCCAUCGGGAAGCGAAAGGGGAAGAAGGACCCAAGGGCCAAAGUGUUCGAAAGAGUGGUAAAGCGCAUACAAGCCUGGCUACCGGAUACGUUUGUGUUAGAGAACAGCAAGUCCUUGACCAACAAGAAGCAUGCCAAAUUCUUCAAGAAGCUUCUCGCAAAGCUCAAGUCCAAAGGACACUAUAAGGUCUACUGGAAGGUUCUGGAUGCCUUCACCCACGGCGCGCUCCCUCAGCGACGUGAGCGCCUCUGGAUCGUCGGAGUCAAUAGCUAUGCGAUGAAGGGGCAAUUCUCCUGGCCAAAACCUUUGAAGAACCUGAAGAAGAUCAAGCUGUGCAAGAUGCUUGGGAGGAAAGCCCAAGACUAUGAGUUCCCAAAGUCUUCAACCGGGAAGAAGCGACUGCGAACAGCGCUGAAGUGGGAGCCCGUGCUUAACAAGGGCAAGAGGAGGGUGUUCCGAAAGCUUUUGGGUUACUUCGCACCGCCGAUUCAUGAGAAAUGCAGGGUGCAGGGUUGGGACCCAAAGCGUAUGCAAGCUGAUGAUCUCAGCGUCCGUGAGAUGGGGCUGGCUCUUGGGAAUGCUUGGCUCCCAGCGGGACUGGCGCAGAGCAGGAUGUGGCGGCCGCAGGGCAGCGAGGGGGGUGCCACGCCACAUUAA